GCGCCCGCGGCUCCGGAAACGCGCUGAGGGGCUGCUGGGCUCGGCCGGGCGCGGGCGGCUCCGUGGCGCUUCCUGCCACGCCGGGCCUGCCUGGGUCGUGCCAGCGCUGCUCCGUGCCAGGCCGGCUCCAGGCUGAGGAUUCACUGACAUUUGAUGACUUGGCAUAGUGCCUCACAAAAAGGGAGUGAUUGACGCUGGACACUGAGCAGAGGACACUGGCGUGUUACGGGAACGUGACUUCCGUGAGAGUUCCUGUUUGGAAUUCUCUUUUGGUCUCUCACCUGGUGCAAAGACACGUGCUGUUAGUGUCAGACCCUUAACACAGAUCGAGCUAAAUAUUCUGAAAACAUCUUCGUGACUCCACACCGGACGAUGGGUGAAGAAGCCCAGCCACAGGAGAUGGCAUCCACGAGUUCCCCGAGGGCCAGUGAGCCUAGCCCUGAGGUCAAACAGAAUGGGGACUCUGAGGGGAGGGGAGGGAGCCCCCAGAAUCUGCCCAUAGAACAUCACUUUGCCUGUAAAGAGUGCGGGGAUGCCUUUCGGCUUAAGGUACUCCUUGUGCAGCACCAAAGAAUUCACAGUGAGGUGAAGAGCUGGGAGUGUGGCGAUUGUGGGAAGAUCUUUAGGGGGAUCUCAGAGUUCAAUGAGCACCGGAAGAGCCAUGUGGCUGCAGAGCCCCGGCCUGGCCCAAGUCGGGCUGUCGAUGAAGCCAUGGAGAACAGGGAGCAAAUAGAGAAGGAGGCAAAACCUUUCGAGUGUGAGGAAUGUGGGAAAAGGUUUAAGAAGAACGCAGGCCUCAGCCAACACCUGCGCGUCCACAGCAGAGAGAAGCCUUUUGACUGUGAAGAAUGUGGGCGGUCCUUCAAGGUGAACACCCACCUCUUUCACCAUCAGAAGCUUCACAUCUUGGAAAAGCCCUUUGCCUGCAAGGCGUGUAGCAGGGAUUUCCUGGAUCGCCAGGAACUUCUCAAGCACCAGCGAAUGCACACUGGCCACCUGCCCUUCGACUGUGACGACUGUGGCAAGUCCUUCCGAGGGGUCAAUGGCCUGGCCGAGCACCAGCGCAUCCACAGUGGGGCCAAGCCCUAUGGAUGUCCCCACUGUGGCAAGCUGUUCCGCAGGAGCUCCGAGCUCACUAAGCAUCGGCGGAUCCACACAGGCGAGAAGCCGUACGAGUGCGGCCAGUGCGGGAAGGCCUUCCGGCAGAGCUCCAGCCUCCUGGAGCACCAGCGGAUCCACACCGGGGAGCGGCCCUACGUGUGCGGCGACUGCGGCAAGGCCUUCCGGGGGCCCUCUGAUCUCAUUAAACACCGGCGGAUCCACAGCGGACUGAAACCCUACGAGUGUGACAAGUGUGGGAAGGCCUUCCGGCGGAGCUCAGGCCUGAGUCGCCAUCGGAGGACCCACAGUGGAGCAAGACGCUGUGAGUGCAGUGAAUGUGGCCGUGUGUUCAAGAGGCGGUCAGCGCUGCAGAAGCAUCAGCCAACCCACCAUGAGUAGAUGAGGCCCGCAGCCCCUCAGCUGUCACCGGGUUCCUCCAGGAGCCUGGAGCCCUGGAGUGGGAUGGCAGAGUCAAAGGAGAUGAACAGUUUUGUAGCGCUUAUAUAUUUUAUUGUCAGAAAUGUUGAAACCAAUUUAUACUGCCACCAGCAAUUUAUAAGUGUACGUUUCCCAUUUUGCCUCUCGAGAGUAGCUUUUUCCAUUUUAAUUGAUUUUGGCUAGUUUAAUGGGCAUAAAGUACCUUCAAGGGAUUUAAAUCUGCAGGUCUUGAAUCUGAGAAUGAGAGAACACACCCGGAUGUGCGGGGGUAAAGAGGGGGCUUGUCGGUCCUCGCCUCCAACCUCCCACCUCAGGGAAACUGAGACACAGAGCUGGUCAAUGAUGGCGUCAAUAUAAUGUGAGUCCGACUUUCCCGAAGAGAUUGCCCCAAAGUCUUUUGGCCUACUUGAAUUCAUAAAUUUUUAGGGAUGUAAAUAGAAUAUGCAAAUGUGUUAUAAUAUUUAAUUUAUUAAUUUAGUUAUACAUACAUACAUACUGUAAAUCACAUAUUAUAUAAAAUAAUAUAUUAAUUUAGAAAAUACUCCCUUUUCCCCAUGUUCCGUUCCAUGAGAUUAUUUUGUUCUAACUCCUCACGUGCAUUUCUGACCUCACCGUCUUCACCAACCUGGGAGCCCCUUUUGAGUUAUCAGUUUCAAAGAUCAUCUAAUGCCUUCUCCCCAUCCGAGCUGUGUGCCAUGUAGCACUGUGACAAUCCCUGCACAAAGCUCUCACUAGAAAUUUUUUCCCAAGCCAUACAUUCGUGUUCAUGUAACUUUAGUACAGUUGUUUUGUUUUUUUUUAUGUGUCCUGUAGCUCUACAACAUAACCACUCCAGGUCCUUUCUUUUUCAAAUGACCUUUAAAAGCCUUUGAAGCAUCAAAAACUUGUCGUUGUGAGGUCAUACUCCUAAGGUUAUUAUUAUUGGUGUUUUGGUUUUUUUUGCAUCCUUUUUUCUGAAACCAAUUCAAUCUGGUGACUCUCAUACAUAUCCAAAACUAGCAUUAAUUGGGGUUUGUUUCGGGCUAAUGGGUCUAGUCCUCAGCAGCACUACUUCGUUCAAAAUAAAGGAGUUGAGAGAGUAUUUCCAUAGCAACAGAGACGUCUCAAGGACUCAAGAUGACGCCUCCAUUUGGGGAAUGAUUGCCUCUCCUCAUAAGAGACCUAGAUGGUACUUCUCCAGCCCUCCGUUUCCGGCUCUAUAAAACGGAGGUGAACACAGGACUACCUCCUAAGGUUAUGGUGAGGACUGCGACGCCACGCCUGGCACAGAAGGACACUCAGUGAAGGGUACCUGCUGUCACCAUCGUAGUUAUUGCUGUCAUUCUAUGGCUCAUUAGUACCAGAACUGGGGGUGGACCCAGGCCUUCUGACUCCUAGUCUCAUCAUCUUUCUCUCAUGCAAUGACUUAAAUACUGUUUCCGUUUUCUUGCAUGCAAAUGGUACGUUCAUCUCCUUUGACCAGUUAUCAAGUUACCUUUGGAUAUAUUGACUUUAUACAGCAGUUCUUUCUAUAUCGAUUGUGACGACCUCUUUUCCAAUUUUAUUGCUUUGCUCUUUGUAGCACUUUUAUUACAUUUUUGUUAUGCAAGCUUUUGAUUUUUACGAAUCCAAGCAUUCAUUGUUGUCCGUUCAAUCGUACACUUUCAUUGCUUCAGUAGUUAGAUAUGAUGACAUUUUCUUCUAGAAUUUUAAUUACAAGUGAAACGUUGAAAGCCCUGCCCCACCAGAAGGUGAAUGUGCCAGGUGGGCAGGCUGGAUGGGAAUGGGCCGGAGAAGCAGGCUCACUCCUCAUCCAAGUUGCAGACUCUGCAUGUCUGUGGGCAGUACUUGACUAUCCAACCUGGCCACUCAGGCACGCGAGAGAAACGUCCAUCACAGACUGGCCAGAACACUGACUGCUCCUCGCCAGCAGCAGCAGGGCUGGGCCUCACCUACAUUAAUGGGGUGGUCCACACUUGGUCUUGGCAGCAGCCAGCCAUCCUUUGAGCUCCUGGGAGCCUUGGCCAUGCCUGGCGUGGAUUCAGUGCCUGAGCAGCGAUCCACCCAAGAGACAUCUCAAACACAAGAAGACUCACCUGACGAUGCUGUCAUGUGAAUCACAUCCUCCUCUUAGCGAAUGACUCUGGAACAAGAAAGAGGUUGGUUUGGUGGCUUUCACUUUUGGCAACUAGGGGAAAUUCACCCACGUGUUCUGACGUCACCUCCUGCAGCCACACCUAAGAGGGGCAACAGAACAAAGGCUCGGAGAAGAACUGUGCCCCUCUGAUGGCCUGCGUGUCAUGGUGAUAGAAGCUGGCCACACCAGGCCUGGGCUGUGACUUACAGCAGCUGUGCCCAGGAGGGGAAAUAAAACAAGGGUUUGGAGGGCAACGAUGCCCCUCUGACGGCCCAUGUGGCAUAGAAAUAGAAGCUAGUUAUCCUGGGGCUGGGCUGUCAGUUCCAGCACCCUCCCCCAGGAGGAACAGCAGCAAGGGCUGGCCAGAAGCCUGGCCCCUCCUGCAGAGCCCGCAGGUAGAAAGUGGCCACACUAGGGCUAUGGUGUGACUCCCCAGCAGCUGUGCCCAGGGUUGGGGGGCACUAGAGGGCCUGGAGAGGAAGUGUGCCCUUCUGAUGGGCCCACCACGGCUGGGCCAGCACUUCCCAGAAGCCCCCAAUCCUGGGAAGCAGGGUACCAUAGUGACCUCUCUGACCUUAGCCAGAAGGUACUCUGGAAUGGCCCCCCAGGCCACACCAGUGGCUCUCUGCGACAUCUCCCUCCUGAGCCCCAGGCUGGAGAGCCGCUGACAGCACUUGUUACAUAGCGAUUCCUUUUGCUCUGUGGGCUUCAGUUCUUGCAGUAGUUGUGAAUCUGUGUCUGAGAUCACUACUUCUUUCUCUCAGCAGUUUUCUCUUUUCAAGCUGUUAUGACGUGUUUGAUACAAGUGUCAUUUGGGUAAGGAAUAGUGACGUCCACGGAUGGGCAAGGCUGGCACCUAUACCUGCAAGUACUCUGCCAUUUCUUGCCCAUUCACUAGGCAUUUGUCAGGUUUUAUGAAGGAUCCAGAUGCAGUAUUAACUCGGAACUUAGCAUUGUCGCUACUACUCCAUUUCCCCCAGCCGGGACAUGGUGUCCUGGCAUUCUGUGACACCCUCCUUUACUUUUGUCCAUUCUCAGUUCUGUCAUUUUCUCUCCAACCCUCUUCCAGAGUUAACACUAAAGAUCGCGUCUUUUCCGUCACUGUGUUUGCAGGUGAAGUCCAUGCUCUCUCCAAACGCAAGCAGUCUGUGGCUUUCACGUGUUUCCUGUAGUUGCGCCAAGUUCCAUUUUUGCCUCUGGUAACUUGGGGGUGGAUUUCCUGGGAUUCUCUAGGUAUACUGCUAUGUCAGAUGCAAAAUGUGAUCAAGCUUUCUGUCGUGUGUGCUUGUCUAUGCAUUCGUGUAUCUACCUCAUUUCAUUUUUCUUUUCUAAUCACAUGGAUUCCUUUUGCAAGGGAAAUGAAGAGCAGUUAGGUUACAUAGAAUGCCGGCUCUCAUUAGAAGUAUAUCUUUUUCUUAUAUUCUGAAAGAAACCCUCCAUUGCUUUUAUGAAAGUUUUGAAUACUUGCUAAAAUUUUCAAAAGAAUAAUUGUUUACCGUUUUUGCUGCUUGAGAUUAACUGUGUUGAUUGAUUAGUUGUGCCAUACCCACUCUCACAUUUCCAGAAUGAACCCACCCAACCACAGGGGGCAUCUUUCUCACGUGGUGUUGCAUUCCAAGUGCCCCUGGCUUCGGCCCUGUUGUGUGCCAUGUAACCCCCCACCCCCACUUCUAGGCCACAUUAAUUAAACCAGCACUGACUACCUGACUGAAGGGCAGCAACCAGUCCCCAGAACUGGCUAGAGAUGAUGGGCCGGGCCUUUCAGGUUCUGCAAACAAGGAAACUAAGAAGUUUCUAGUUGGCGUUGGAAGAAAGAGGGAGCCACACGGUAUUUAGAGGAAUUGGGCAGCACUGGCUUGAAGAUCUAUGGUUCCUGGUACGCGCCCCAGAGCUGCCUCAAUCCCAGCACCCCGAGGAAGGCCUGGCCUCGUUAUGUUCUUGGAUUGUCAUCUGACGACUGCCCUCAUUCUCAUUCAUCCACUCGUGUCCCCACCAUAGACUUUCUUGACUUGAGCCAGCUUGAGAGGGUCUCUGUUUUUUGCAGUCUGUCAAGAGCCAAUUGCAUUUUGUCAUUCGGCCGCUUCCUGAGAAGCAUCACGUGGCUGGCUUUCCUCGUGUUCUACCUGGCCCAAGUUCCUGGCCCAAGUCCCGCCUCACUGUUGUAAACACCUGUUUAAAUGCGGUACUAGAUUCUCUUCUCUUAAGAUGGGCAAGCAGUCUAUGCCUUCUAGUGUCAGUGAAUGUGACCGAUGCUUUUCUGUCUGGGUAUCAUUCCUGGACUGACCUAAGAUUUGCCCCAUGAAACGAGUGAAGUCCCCAUCCAGCAUAUUCUGGAUUUUGGAAGUGUGUCCCUACUUCCAGCAAAUCCAGCACAUGAGGAAUUGAUAACAACUUCUCUAUUACUCUGUAUACUUGCAUUCUGAUCAUUGUCAUUGCAUCCUUUUGGGUGUUUACUUUCAAAAGUAGAAAUGGUCUCUUGAAAUUUGGCCUCCAAUGUUAUUUACAUAUCUGAGAACAGUAGCUGUGUCCCGCCCCAGUUCAUAUUUUGGUUGCUGGCACUCCUCUUCCUCCCAGUCUCCUUAACUUGUCUGUUUGAUGGCACUUACUAUAAUCAGCCUUGCACUAGAGCUUCGCCCUCCCCACCCUCCCCCACCCAUUAGAUUGUGAGCUCUUAGAAGACAGGGGUGGCCCUUCAUGUCUGAUUCCCCUACCAGAUCUAGCACAGUGCCUUGCAUCAAGUAGAUUUCAAUAAAUAUAUGUGA